AAGUUGGUGGUGGAACAAGAACGCAAGAUGCCGCUCGUUACCGAUGUUCAAGUGCUCAAGGAUUUGGCCACGAGGAUCAGAAUUCUGAGCAUUCAGUCCACAACUGCUGCCAAUUCUGGACAUCCGACAACAUGCUCUUCAAUAGCCGAAAUUAUGUCGGUUCUUUUCUUCAACACCAUGCGCUACUCUGUGGCCGCGCCCAAGGAUGUCUCCAGCGACAGAUUCGUUCUGUCCAAAGGCCACGCCGCUCCAGCCUUGUAUGCCGCUUGGGUUGAAAACGGCCUUAUUCCAGAACCGGAGCUGAUGAAGCUCAGACAAUUGGGAUGCGACCUGGAAGGCCAUCCAACUCCCAGGUUGAACUUCAUCGAUGUCGGAACUGGCUCUUUGGGUCAAGGCUUGGCCAUUGCUGCCGGUCUGGCUUAUGUUAGCAAGAACUAUGAUAACAUUGAUGCUAGAACCUACUGCCUUAUUGGAGAUGGUGAAAGUGCUGAAGGAUCAAUCUGGGAAUCCAUCGCUUUCAUCAGCCACUACAACCUGGACAAUGUGGUUUUGAUCAUUGACGCAAAUAGGUUGGGUCAAUCCCAACCAACCACUGUUGCUCACCACUUGGAGGUGUACAAGGCGCGAUUGGACGCUUUCGGGUGGAACUCCUUGAUUGUUGAUGGGCACAGCGUCGAAGAUCUGGUAAAGGCUUUUGACAAUGCCAGCGCCACUAAAGGCAAACCGACUGCAAUCAUUGCGAAAACUUACAAAGGGAGAGAUUUUCCUGAUAUUGAAGAUCGCGAGGGAUGGCAUGGAAAGGCCUUGGGCAAAGAAACUGAUCGAGUCUUGAAACAUCUGGAAGGACUUAUUGUCAACAAAGGCAAACUGAACUUUACCAUUCCAUCGCCCGUAACACGAGCCCCGCAAGUCAACAUCAGCAACAUCCAGCUGGCAUCACCUCCCAACUACACGGUGGGCGAUUCGCUGGCGACCAGACAAGCCUAUGGAGCGGCGCUGGUAAAAAUUGCUCAGAACAAUCCAAGAGUAAUUGGCCUGGAUGGAGAUAUGAAAAACUCGACUUUCUCCGAACUGCUGAAGAAAUACGACCCAGCCCGGCACAUCGAAUGCUUCAUUGCUGAACAGAACUUGGUGGGCGUCGCCAUCGGAGCCACUUGCAGAGACCGAACUGUGGCGUUUGUUUCCACUUUUGCCGCCUUCCUAACCAGAGCGUUCGACCAGAUUCGGAUGGGAGCCAUUUCGCAAACCAACGUGAACUUUGUGGGAAGUCACUGUGGAGUCUCGAUUGGUGAAGACGGAGCCAGUCAAAUGGCCUUGGAAGAUUUGGCGAUGUUUAGAUCCGUGCCCGGAUCUACGGUUUUAUACCCAGCUGAUGCUGUUUCAACAGAAAGGGCUGUUGAAUUAGCUGCCAAUACGCCUGGAGUAACUUACAUCCGAGUGAAUCGCCCAGCGACUAAAAUCAUCUAUGCCAAUGACUUCAAAUUCCAGAUCGGCAAAUCCAACGUGAUUCUCUCCUCUCCUAAAGACCAAGUGCUCUUCAUCGGCGGCGGAAUCACUUUACAAGAAGGAAUAAGCGCAGCCACUAUCUUGGCCCAACAAGGAGUCGGAGUACGGGUCCUGGAUCUAUUCACCAUCAAGCCCAUCGAUCGGGAAGGAAUAAUCAAAAACGCACGCGAAAGUGGAGGCCGCAUUUUGGUGGUUGAAGACCAUUACCCAGAAGGGGGAAUAGGAGAAGCUGUACUUUCCGCUGUGGCGGAAGUAAGGGAUGUUUACGUGAAGAAGAUCGCCAUUCCAAGGGUGCCCAGAUCUGGAACCCCCAGCCAAGUUUUGGAUUACUAUGGAUUAACAGCAAAGCACAUUGUAAAUUAUCUGUUGGAUGCUAUUAAGAACUAAGGGGAAAUAAAUUUGGUUUUUCACUGUU